GUUGUGUUUGGGGCAUUAUUUGAGUGUAUCAAACAGAAAGAACAAUGUCAUUCAACGACUACCACACCAACUAUUCAGGGUCAGGGGUUGGAUACCCCAAUGAUCAUCUUGGCAUCAACAAGAGGGUUGUUUAUGAAGAAGAUUUGAUUGAGGAACCCCACCGCCACCAGCACCACCGUAGGCCUCAUUACCCAACUGAGACUCAUGAGAGAGUUAAAGUGGUUGAGUAUGAGGAAGUUCCUGAGACUCGCUACGGUGGAGUCAUCUACCAAGAGAAUAUGGAAACUGAUAAAUACUACCCUCGAAACAAUAGGACUGUGUGGCCUUGAGCUUCUUAAUUAUCAUGUCCCUAUUGUGCUAUGCAGGGUACCUAAUAUAAGCAUCACUAGUGUGUUUGCAUUAAAUAAUCUCCUGCUUAGCUAGUCGUUAUGUUAUAAACCAUGUAUCACUUCUCAAUAAAUAUGUUAGUUUAUCUAUAGUGUGUGUAUUAGCAUGCGAUGAUUCUUACUUUACCUAAUAUAUAUUAUUAUAUAACAUAAUCUAGAUCAAGUAGUGGAAUAUAUCUCUCCCCCUCAACUAUGACUGAUUUCUUAAAACGUGUAGUUUGGACACGAGCAAAUGAACAGUCCUAUCCUACAAUACAAGACCUGUAUUAGGAACACACAAAAAAUUCGAUAAUCUUGUCAUUCAAUUUUUGAAGACCAUCCUAAAUGCAAGAGUAUAU